CUAACGCACAGCACACGUAGGUUUUAUUAUAGAGAGAAUAAACCCAUUAUUAUUGUACACUGUGCGUUUAUAAAACAAAAUUAUAACUAGAGUGAAGUUGAUUUCUAUACACAAGGUUGCCUUUUAUUUAAUUUAACUCUAAAAUGUUGAUAUUUGAUCACAUUCCAGUGCGUGUACGUAGUGAAAAAGAUCGUUAGCCCUUCACUGAAGCAGCUGCUUAAGUACCCGGAUGAAACCAGCCAAUCGUAUGCGAGUCGCAAAAUGUUUUUCACGAAGCGGUUUACGUUAGUCAUAGUAUGAGGGGCAACUCUGCAGUUUUCGUGGUACUUUUUAUCUGAAUGUGUCAUUUUCAGACUUACGCCCUCUGACUGUGCUGGAGGAUGGACCCUGUAGUUCUGAGCUACAAGGACAGCCUGCUGCGGCGCUCUGAUGUGUCCUUACUGGAGGGACCUUGCUGGCUCAACGACCAGGUCAUUGGUUUUGCCUUUGAAUAUUUUGCUGCCGAGCGCUUCGGAGUCCUGGGAGAGGCCAUCGUCUUCAUCAGCCCAGAGGUCACGCAGUUCAUCAAGUGUGCAUCCUGCCCCGAUGAGUUGGCCCUCUUUUUGGAGCCGCUGGAUCUGUCGUCUCGUCACUGGGUUUUCCUCGCUGUGAACGACAACUCCAACCAGACGGCUGGGGGAUCCCACUGGAGCCUUUUGCUCUACCAUCACAGCUCCAACCACUUUUCCCACUAUGACUCUCAAAAUGGCAGCAAUUCACUGCACGCGCGUCGAAUUGCCAGCAAGUUGGAGCCUUUCUUUGGCGCUGGGAGGAAAGCGUUGUUUGUAGAGGAGCACUGCCCGUCGCAGCAGAACAGCUACGACUGUGGCAUGUAUGUGAUCUGUAUCGCAGAGGCCUUGUGCGAGAAGGCCAAGGUGGAGGGCUCGCCAAACCUUCCUGUGCAAACCAUCACCCCAGCCUACAUCACCCAGAAGAGGGCUGAAUGGUGCAGACUGAUCCAGAGUCUAGCUCAGAAUGACCUCUCCUGCCCUCUGCCUUUACCUUAGCACGUUGACAGCUUCUCAUUAUAUGCAGAACAGCUGUCGGCCCUUACAUAUCUACUGCUGGAGAAUCUGAAUGCACUCCUUGAAUACAGUAUAUUACUACAUAUAAAAUAUAUUUCUAUUACAAUGUCUGUAAUACUCAGUAAUAGGAAAAAAAUCUAUAUAUAUAAAAAAAACAAAGCAAUGUUACAAAUCUGAGAGAGCCAUUGGUGUUAUGUUCAUCCCAUGUAUAUGAACAGCAACAUAGAGUAUGUAAACAAGGACACCAGCAUGCCUAUAAGAGGAACUUUCUCCCUUGUACAUAUUUAGCUACGAUGGAGAAGAUGUCAAGUGGAAGAGGAGGCACACACCUUUCAUUUCUCCUUUUUACUAGUUUGGAGCAAAUGUAGACAUGUUUACACAUAUUAUUGCUCAGGGUCAUUUGAAAUGAACUGAAUUGACAAUAAGAAUGUGCACAUUAACUCUGGUUCCUCCUGUAUGCCACAUAUUCAUUUUGCGUUGCAGUUAAAAUAAUUCAGCCGUGUGAGCGUAAGACAUGCGCCGAGCGUUCAUGGGACAAAGGGCAGUGUCGAGUGAUGGAAUGUGUGUUAUGUUCUCACAAAAAAAGUAUCAAACUCAUUGUCUGCUGAAAUAAUAAAUGUGACAAUUUUGUUGACAAA